CCUCGGCCUGCUCAAGUAAUAAUUCCAUCGCCAAUCGUAUGCAACGACCCAGACCGAUGAACAGAAAAUGACAUGGGGUCCCGGCACUGUAUUGAUGAUCCUUCCCGAAAUGAACAUGAACAUGCACGGUUGAGCAAUGGUGAGCUGAAGGGCUUGUUGUUAUUUCAAAAGGGAUUGAUCCCCAAGUCAAAGGAGGAAAGGAAAGGUUUUAUCCAAAGAACCGCUUCAGAUGCGCCAAAACCUUGAGGUGGAAGCCUAUGCGAAGCCCAACAGUCCACUAAACUCUUGCACGAAGCAGAGCUGCUUUGAGCUCAAUGUUUACUCGCAAUGAUAUUGAAAGCCAAGAUCCAGGCCCCCUCUCAACUGCUGCAGAGGACGAUACGGGAACAGGAGACGGAAACGAAAGCAGGCCUGCCGAACACAGCGCACCUUUGGGAAGGGAACGAUCUCGUUUGAUCCCUCACACCGACAAACUCACGGCGUUCCGAACCAUCCUUGGAAUCAGCGAAGCUCCGACUCUCACGGCCACAGCGUAUUUUCGCCGACCCGCAUCAAACAUUGGAAUCUACGCACGCAUUGUCAACUCUGAAGCCACCUCAAAACAGCAAUAUAAGAUUUUUUCUUUCCUCAUCAAUGGAUGUCUGGGACUUCAGAUUGUCGUGGCAGCAGCGUUGACGGCACUGGGCGCCGCCGAUGGCCCACGGGCGCUCGUUACUUUAUUCGGUGCCUUCAACUAGGCCUCGGAUGGGUGCGGGUUCAACCCGCAAAAAACGGGUUGGGUGCGGGUUCUUGGCAAACCCAAACCCAACCCCACCCGCCGGUUUGCGGGUGGGGUUGGGGUGGGAAGCCAAUAUUUCAAAACCCCACCCCAACCCCACCCGCACGCCAAGAAACCCCGCCCCAACCCCACCCCAUGCCAAGAAACCUUGGGGAACCGCGGGGUGGGGUUUUCUGCGGGUUUAGCCCCAACCGCAAGAUGGGUUGGGUUUCUUGGCAUAACUAGAGGUACGAUCCGGUUGUAGGAUAGAAUAGGGGAUUAAAUAUAGUAGUCAUAUGUGGUAGUCAAGUGUGGUAGUCAAGGGAAAGAAAUUAAUUUCAUUCAAAAGUACU